CAAGCUCUGUAUAAAAUCUAGACAAAUCUCCUCAUUCCCUCACAACCAAGAAACUAAAGCCAUUUCAUUGGUGUCCAAAAACCAAAAACAUAAAAUGGCAAGAACUAAUCUCCCAUUGCUACCACUAAUCCUCUCCCUUCUCUACAUCGCCGGCAAGGCCGAGUCCGCCGCCUCGACAAAUUUCAUCGAGGUCUCAUGUAAGGCCACUCAGUACCCCGCCGUGUGCGUCCAGUCUCUCUCGGCCUAUGCCAGUGCCAUCCAACAAAGCCCGCGCCAAUUGGCCCAGACCGCCCUAUCACUGAGCCAGGCCCGGGCCGAAUCCAUGAAGGCGUUUGUGAAAAAACUAACCAAGUUUAAGGGAUUAAAGGCUAGAGAGUAUGCAGCCAUCAAGGAUUGCUUGGACGAGAUUGGUGAUAGCGUGGACCGAAUUAGCCAAUCAGUACAAGAGCUCAAGGCCAUGGGCAAAGGCAAGGGUAAGGACUUUUUGUGGCACAUGAGUAAUGUUGAGACAUGGGUUAGUGCUGCACUGACUGAUGAAAAUACUUGUUUGGAUGGGUUUUCGGGCCGGGCUUUGGAGGGUAGGAUCAAGACCUCGGUUAGGGCCCGAGUCACUAAUGUUGCACAAGUCACAAGUAAUGCAUUAGCUUUGGUUAAUCAGCUUGCUGCUAAGUACUGAGCCUGGGCUUUGUAUGUCCAAGAGUUUGAGCUCAACAUGUUUCGUGUUUGGCGGUGAAUGAUGUAUGUAUAAUAGUGAAGUUUUCUGUGCUAAAUACAGAUUAUAGAACAAGUUGGUUUCUCUGAAUCACUUUAUGAAGCUAAAGACUCUGUAUAAUUUUGCAGAAAUGGAACAAUCAAAAUUAGUUAAAAAAAUAAUUGCGGUUUAUGUGGUAAA